AAGCUCCGGGAGGAGAACGAGAGCCUCAAGAACGAGAUAGAUGAGCUGAGGACAGAGAUGGAUGAGAUGAGGGACAGUUUCUUCGAGGAGGACGCUUGUCAGCUUCAAGAAAUGCGCCACGAGCUGGAGCGAGCCAACAAGAACUGCCGGAUCCUUCAGUACCGGCUGCGCAAGGCCGAGCGCAAGAGGCUUCGCUACGCCCAGACCGGCGAGAUUGACGGCGAGCUCUUGCGCAGCAUGGAGCAGGACCUCAAGGUUGCAAAAGAUGUAUCGGUGAGACUUCAUCAUGAAUUAGAAAAUGUGGAAGAAAAACGUACUAUAACAGAAGAUGAGAACGAAAAAUUAAGACAGCAGCUUAUAGAAGUUGAAAUUGCCAAGCAAGCACUACAGAAUGAACUGGAAAAAAUGAAAGAGACCUUCAGCCUUCAGGAAUCCAAGGCCUCUGACAUCAAUAGGGAAGUCUGGAGCAAGAAAGACUUAUACCUGAUGGAUGAUGACAAAGACAAGCUGAUGAAGUAUGGGCUAGAUAACCGGACAGUGAGGUUGACUGAAAACUGGCUGAUGAACUACCAGGCUUUUACAGUUCUGGUCAGCAGCACAAAGUCCAUAUGGAGGCUGGUGACAAGUGGCGUGUCUGUCAUGGAACAGCAAAGGCCAGCUGCUUAG